GUCUGUCAUUUCCCAUACGGUGCCUUUAGGACGAGACUACGCCCACAGCCCACUAUCCAAAAAGUUGAGAAGAGACAUCAUUUUUAAAUCCCCCGAUUGAUUGGGAAAUGGUUUUUCCUCUUCUCUUCUUUUCUUUUCGGACAGACGCUCAAGCUCAAGCUACAUACAACCAGGGUCUUUCUUCCUUGUGUAAUAUAUGGUUGUAUUAGUUGGUGCAGAAGGGUUUGAAUUGGUAUAAAAAUCAGAGCUUGUAGACAGCUUUGGUUUGAGGUUUCGUUUGUGUGUUCAGAUUUUUUUGGAUUAGUCAAUGGGAAAGCCAACAGGGAAGAAGAAGCAUCAGGUAGAGCACAAACCUGGCAAUGCAAAUGGUAAGCCAAGCAAGGUUGCUGACCGAAGUCCUAAAGCCCUGGAUGAAGACACUGCAAUCUUCAUCAAUAUGUCCCAAGAGCUCAAAGAAGAAGGUAAUAAGCUUUUCCAAAAGCGGGACCAUGAGGGUGCCAUGUUGAAAUUUGAAAAGGCCAUCAAACUAUUACCUGGAAAUCACAUUGAUGCUGCACAUUUGCGUUGCAAUAUAGCUUCCUGUUAUAUGGAAUUGGGUCUUGGUGAGUAUCCUCGAGCAAUCAAUGAAUGUAAUUUAGCAUUAGAAGUGUCACCGAGAUUCAGUAAAGCGCUAUUAAAGAGAGCGAAGUGUUAUGAGGCUUUGAAUCGAUUGGAUUUGGCAUUUAGAGAUGUUAAUACUGUUUUGAGUAUGGAACCUAAUAAUACUACAGCUUUGGAGAAUAUGGAGAGGUUGAAAAGGACGAUGGAUGAAAAGGGUAUCAGUGUUGAUGAGAAAGUAAUUGGUCUGGUUCAUGUGGAGCCAAUGGGUGCUUCAAAGGUGCAUAAAGUGGUGAAAGAGAAACUAAGGAAGAAGAAGAUUAGGAAAGGUGAAUUGAAGGCGGAGGAUAAGGUGGUUGUGGAAGAGAAGGUUAGUGCUGUAAAGGAUAAGGAAAUGAUCACAAAUACAGUUCUGGAAGAAAAAGUGGUUACGAAGCCUGCUAAGGAAGAAAAAGUGGUUACAAAGACAGUGAAGUUGGUGUUUGGGGAGGAUAUUAGGUGGGCGCAGUUACCAGGUAAUUGUAGCAUGAGGUUGGUGAGGGAUAUAGUUGGGGAUAGGUUUCCUGGACUUAAGGGUGUUCUUGUGAAGUACAGGGAUCAAGAGGGUGAUUUGGUCACAAUCACUACUACGGAUGAGCUGAGGUUGGUCGAAUCAUCUGGUGAUUCACAAGGGUCUCUUAGAUUGUAUAUUGCUGAAGUUAGUCCUGAUCAGGAGCCUGUCUAUGAGGGGAUGAGCAAUGCGGAGGAGGUGCAGAAUGAUGAUACAAAAUCAAGUAAUUUUGUUGAAAAUGGGGAUGUGGGGAAAGCUAAAGAAGUUGAAAGAGGGUUGACCACUCUUGAGGACUGGAUUAUGCAGUUUGCACGACUGUUCAAGAACCAUGUUGGAUUUGAUUCUGACUCGUACUUGGAUCUUCAUGAGCUAGGGAUGAAGCUAUACUCGGAGGCUGUGGAGGAUACUGUGACAAAUGAUGAUGCUCAAGAACUGUUUGAUAUUGCAGCAGAUAAGUUCCAAGAGAUGGCAGCUUUGGCAUUGUUUAAUUGGGGGAAUGUUCACAUGUCCAGGGCAAGAAAGAGGGUGUUAUUUUCGGAAGAUAGUUUGAGGGAAUCUGUACUUGAGCAGAUUAAGGCUGGAUAUGAAUGGGCACAUAAAGAGUAUGUGAAGGCAGAAAGGAGGUAUGAAGAAGCUCUGAAAAUAAAACCAGACUUCUAUGAAGGUUAUCUUGCACUUGGACAACAGCAGUUUGAGCAGGCAAAGCUCUGUUGGUACUAUGCAGUUGGGAAAAAGACUGAAUUAGAGACAGGACCUUCCUCAGAGGUCCUACAGCUUUAUAACAAGGCUGAGGACAGCAUGGACAAGGGCAUGGGGAUGUGGGAGGAAAUGGAGGAGCAGCGUCUAAAUGGGCUCUCCAAAUCGGAGAAAUAUGAAGAAAUAGCGCAGAAAACGGGGUUAAAUGAGCUAUUUAAAGAUAUUUCUGCUGAGGAAGCUGCAGAGCAGGCUGCAAACAUGAGGUCGCAGAUAUACCUCUUAUGGGGAACCUUGCUGUAUGAGCGUUCAAUUGUGGAAUAUAAGCUAGAACUACCAACUUGGGAAGAAUGUUUAGAGGUUGCAGUUGAGAAGUUUGAACUUGCAGGAGCUUCUCCAACAGAUAUAGCUGUUAUGAUAAAGAACCAUUGUUCUAAUGCUACUGCCUUGGAAGGUCUUGGGUUCAAAAUUGAUGAGAUAAGGCAAGCCUGGAAUGAGAUGUAUGAUGCUAAGAGGUGGCAGUUUGGCACUCCAUCUUUUCGGCUUGAACCAUUGUUCCGUAGGCGGGUUCCAAAGCUUCAUUCUAUCUUGGAACAUGCUUGAUUUUAUCUGUUGAUGAUUGCUUAUUUUGGGAGGUGUUGAACAAAUGCUUCAGCUUCCUCUAGUUCAUUCUCCAAAAGCUUUGUCUUUUUGAAUUAAGAUUGGUUUUUGUUUGGAUUAUUGUGUUUAGCUCGUUGUUUGCUAUGGGAGCAAAGGAUGACUGUGUCUAAGUGUUGGUUUUGAAUGAGAGCAAGUCAGUUAUUAGGCCAUGAAGCCGAUUUUGUCAUUCACUUUUGGGGAAUUCUUUUUUUCAGAGUAAUUUCCGUUGUUCAGAGUUUGAGAUAGCCGGUAUAUGAUUGAAUUUGUUUGAUUUAAAGAAUAAAAGGGUAACACGGUUACUCAAAGGUUUGCCAUUUUUUAUAAAAUUUAUAUUGUAUUUGUCAGUUUUGUCACUUCUCAGUUGUAUACAAAUUCAGGGUUUUAUUUUGUAGAAAAGUGUAUUCUUUCGAUUAGGUGUAUUACCAGCUCUCUUCCUUUCUUCUUUUGCUGAACUUGUCAUAUCUUAUUCAGAUGAAUGAGACAAUUGGACACCCAAGGAAAUAACUUGGGACUCUUGUGUGUCU